AGGAACCAGAAGGAGAAACGUUGAAGUCCCGUUAAAUGUGUGAACUGGUGAGAUCUUCUCAUCUGACGGGGAACAGGGCCCACAGCAUCACAGGUCCUCCACCGUACUUAACAGUAAACAUCAAGUGCUUCUUUGUCAUAUUCAUCCAUUGUUUCCCCUAGAAUGCUUGAAGCUGAAAAAUUCAAUCCAAACAGAUGUCUAUUUCCUAGAUUCCUGUAGUAAACAGCUUUUUUCCCUUUAUUUAUGCCAGUUAUGAAACCUCAACAGCUGUGAUACAAGCUAAUAUUAGUAAAAUCCAGCUUGUUCUCCAGUUGUUGUGCGUUAUGGAGGCUUAGUCAUAAGCCGGCAGCCUAAAUCGGCUCUGGGAGAGGCGGUCGGUCCAUGGAGGCGCAUAAAGACGCUGCUGAGGCGAAAAACCAGGAGAAAAGAGAGACUGUGAGAAGAAAGAAGACUCCUUCUUUGUCUCACAGCUGCUUUUCAUUUCAGUGGCUAACCAACAGAAACAGAUGCAUUCAUGGCAUGUGAAACAGGACAGUAAGGUCGUCUCCAGGGUGGUUGAUGGUUUGAAUCCGGUCUCUCUGUGAUGCAGUCAGUAGGAUGAACUCCACAGCAGCAGCAGCAGCAGCUGGAGGCACCAAGUCGACUCCACCAGAGCUGGAGCAGAAGGAGAGCCGGCAGUUCAAGAGCAAAGCUCCCAAACGAGGACAGAAAGGAGUCAACAGCCACGACCCAGCCAUGCAAGGUCUGGAUGACGCUGCAGUGGUUUGUCCCUGGGAGGAAUACGGAGACGUGGAGCUGAGCGAACUGGCCCAGUUUGGAACCGUUUAGCCCUGAGGAAGACUUCCUGCUGUUCCCCCUUCAUUCUGAGGAUGAGGAGCAGAAACAUCACAGAUCUACAAGCAUAAUAAUAAAACAUGAAGAUGCAUUCAUGGACUUACAUAUGAACAGAAAUGUUUAUGAUCAUCUGUUUACUCUUCAGAGCCUUACAAGUUCCUGAUAGUUGAUGCAGCUGCUUCCAAUAAAAAUAUCAUAUAUAAUAUAAUAUUAUAUUAUAAUCUGUCUGUUUUCAGCGGAUUAUUAAAAUCUGUUGAAUAUAUUGUACCAUGUAAUAAAAUAGAGAAACUAACUCUGCAUUUAAUUUUCUCAUUCAUUCUGCUGUGUUUCACACAAAACCACUAAUAUUUCUCCAAGUUUGUAAUUUUAAAUAAAAUUAUUUUAGUCCUUGA